AUGGCCGAGGGGGGCUCUAGUGUCACCUUUAUACAGCAGAUGGAUCAGAGAAAAGCAAACGAGGCACUCCUUCUCGGCAGAAAGAUACCCGUUAGUAAGUUGGCUCAGAUUGGUUUUGUGAACAAGGUCUUCGAAAACAAAGACAACUUCCGUAAGCAGGUGAUGGGGUACCUGCAGCAGACAUUCGGUGAACAUUUAGUACCGUCGAGUCUUCUGGGCACAAAGGCUUUGAUACGUCGUCGCUUAAUUCAGGAGCAGGACAAACAAGCGCCGCUCGAGAUGUUUGGUGGCCUCGACCGUUUCUGCCAGGGUAUCCCACAGGCAAAGAUGGGAGAGGCCCUGUCCAAGAGCAAAGCGUCUCGACUUUGA